CUUCGGGCAAGACAAUUUCUGACAUAUUGCGGUCACGUUGCAACAAGAAUGAGAGAGAACAAUAGUACGUAAACAAAAAUCUAAAACACGACUCGCGGUCACGAACAUGAAUUGCCCGAUUUGUUGGGAGCCUUAUGACGCACAUUAUCGGCGUCCGCUUCGGUGGCGUGCGUGCAGACACGGCGUUUGCGGAGUUUGCAGUGACGAGCUGUAUGACAACGAGUUCGACGUAAGAACCGAAUUUGCCUUCGCCAACGGCGCUGCUGCAGCCGCCGGCGGAGCUUUGCAACCAAACGACCGGAGACAAGGUCGUGGACCCCGCAUUCAUUCCUGCGCUCUUUGCCGAGCGAAUUCUUCACACCCGCCGGAGCUGAAUGUGCAGUUCGUUGCCUGUCUUUUUGACCACGUGUCAGCGUGGCCGCCCUACUGCCCGGUCUGCAGAUGCACCUUCACGAGUCGUGUAGGUGAGAGGCCGUUUGAGUGCGCGCUCGGGUGCGGUUGGGAACUUUGCGAGAGUUGCGUGGAGGAGGAGAGGCAGGCGAAUGACACGGAGGCCGGAUUUGGAUCUUCUGCUCGCACGACUACAACAGUUAGGGCAGAGGUGGACAACUGCAGUGGUACACACGAACAUCAUCGAGAGCGGCAGGUCAACACAGACGAAGGGUCGCCGUGUUCAUCCUACUGUACAGGCUGCCGCAGUCCGGUUCUGAACCGUCAGUUUGUUGAGUAUUUGGAAGAAAUCAAGACAUCAGACGGCGCACCGUCGACGGAGGUAGAAGAUGACCCUCCGCAGCAGAUGGACGACGGGAACGACUGCCACUGCCCUAGGACCCUCUGGGCACCGACUUCCAGAAGUACGCGCGCGGAGCGGAGGCGAGCUGCGCAUGGCCGUCGCGCUCUUCGCGACGGGAGGCGAUACCAACGCGAAUACCGUGAGCAACUGCAUCAACAUCAUCUGCGGCCUCCUUCACUUGCAGAGCGUCUGCACCGAAGCACCCACGGCCAAAUUAUCGGAAGCACGUCGUAUCUCACCUGGUACCACGAGAAUCGGUGGCGUCUGGAUGAAGAAACGCUGCAGAAAAUCGACAUUUUUUGCAACCAGAAGGAAGCGCAAACGUUGAAGCAAAUACGGAAUUGCAACAUCGACCUGCUUUUGUGGGCUUUUUUGAACACGUUUUGAGGAAGUUGAGAAAAAAGAAGCGGUUCUUCCAGGCACACAUAGCUGUACCCUUACGUGCAAUGAAGUGAGUAAAGCGCCGCUUCUCGAUGUAAGUAGGAUGAAAAAAUGAAGCAUCGAACUCUUUGCUGCAAUUGGAGCUUGUGCUUCAGCUUCCAGAACAGUGAAAAUAGAUUCCAGUCAGGCUCGGGACACGGAGCGUUUUUUGUAAAUCACAACGAAGAGCUCAAACAGCGUAUUGUCUCGCACCGUCUACUUGUAAAUAGAAGAGAUGAAGAUCAAACACUACCAACGUAUAGUGUCGUAGAUACAUUUUCAGGAAUGCUCCAAUCCAAAACGAAAACCAAGUCUUAAUCUUAAUCUUUGGCUGCGCAGACAACCUCUAGUCUAACUCUAAUAUCCAGUUGGCGAACAGCGCAGGAGCAGGACUCUUGAAUUCACAGCCUGGACGUCGUUUUCUUGUUUUCUUCUUGCAAGACAUUCGCUGAACACACGUU